AUGGCUGAUCUUCGAUUGGGCGUCGCCUUCGCCGGAGUCAUCAUCAGCGCGCUGGUUUUCCUACAGUUGCUUUCGGUAGUGCAGUAUCACCAUGAUUUACCCCCGCCUUCGCCCAGCUUCAGUCAAGCCGCCAACGAAUGGAUAGGGAGAGCCAAUAAGGCCACUGACAACGACCUUUUCCUCGUGGGAGCUGGCAAGGCGGAUGUGACUGGUCCGGUCGUGGAAGUCGAUUUCAAUGGUUAUGCCAGUUUGGACCAGAUCGGGACGGGGCUGCGACAGAGAAUCUAUUCUCGCGCUUUCAUUAUGGCGAACCGCAACAAGCCCGACGAGACCUUUAUUUAUCUUGUUCUCGAUACUCUCGCGGGAGAUACCGCAGUGAGACACGGGGUUCUGCAAGGACUCGCUGCACUGGGCGGCGACUACGCGCGAUAUGGCGAGCAUAAUGUCGCUCUCACUGGAACGCAUUCCCACUCCGGACCUGGAGCAUGGAUGAAUUACCUUCUCCCUCAAAUUCCGACCAAGGGCUUCAAUAAGCAAAGCUAUCAAGCAAUUGUUGACGGCACCGUCUUGUCUAUCAAGCGUGCUCAUGAAAACUUGGCGCCAGGACAUCUGUCCUUUGGAUCCAUUGACCUCGAGGACACCAAUACCAACCGCAGCCCCUUCUCUUAUGACCAUAACCCAGAGGAAGAGAAGGCGCGCUAUUCUGCCAAGGUGGAUAAGACCCUUACCCUUUUGCGAUUCGACCGGGAGUCUGAUAACAAAACAACGGCGGUUUUGACAUGGUUUCCCGUGCAUGGUACCUCCAUGUACAACAACAAUACCGUGGUGACGGGCGACAACAAAGGAGUAGCAGCAUAUCUCUUUGAGCGGAGUAUCGACGGCGAUGAAAAGUUUGCCGAUGAUGUUGUGAUUGGUUUCUCCCAGGCAAAUGUCGGAGACACAAGCCCCAAUAUUCUGGGUGCUUGGUGUGAGGAUGGUUCCGGGGAGCAGUGCCGAUACUCGGACAGUACAUGUGGUGGCGCCAAUGAACAAUGCCACGGCCGUGGCCCCUUUUUCCGCGAAAAGGAUAACGGGGCUAAGAGCUGUUUCGAAAUUGGGCGUCGGCAGUACUCGGCAGCGAAGAAGCUGUACGAACAGAUGAGCACUCACUCUAGCCGACUCACUGGAGGCUCGAAUGUCAAGACUUUCCAUGUCUACCAGGAUAUGAAUGGCUACAAAUUCCGGUCUCCAUUCAACUCGAGUAUCCUCAAAACAUGUCCUGCGGCGCUGGGGUAUUCGUUUGCCGCCGGGACCACCGACGGGCCAGGGGCCUUUGAUUUUACUCAAAACGCCACUGGACCGGCCACCAACAACCCUCUCUGGAAAGUGGCUCGUGCAUUCAUUCACGAGCCCACCGCCGAGCAGAGAGACUGCCAGGGGGCCAAGGACAUUCUGCUAGAUGUGGGCACUCUCACCGAGCCGUAUGCAUGGGCUGCCGAUAUUGUCGAUAUCCAGGUUCUGCGGGUGGGUCAGUUGUUCAUCAUUGUUUCUACCAGCGAAGCCACCACGAUGUCGGGGCGGCGCUGGAAAGAAGCUAUUGCGAAGGAGGCCAAGGACACAUUGUCUGUUUCUGAUCCACAUGUGGUGUUGGGAGCCCCGUCUAAUAGCUACGCUCACUACGUGGCCACGGAGGAAGAGUACAAUGUACAGCGCUACGAGGGAGCCUCGACGUUGUAUGGGCCAAACACUCUGGCGGCCUACAUCAAUCUGACGCUCACCUACCUGCCAUACCUGGGAAGUUCCUCCGAUGUUGCACGUCUCCCCACUAUACCUCCUGGUCCCAGCCCGCCUGUCAACACCAACCGGUCCCUCAGUUUCAUUACCGAGGUUGUGUAUGACGGCCACCCCAUCGGCAAGUCCUUUGGGGACGUGCUUAUCAAUCCCGGCAAGGGACCAUACAAACCCGGUGAUGUUGUUAGCACAACCUUUGUAGGCGCCAAUCCUCGGAACCACCUUCGCCAGGAAUCAACCUAUGCGGCCGUUGAAAGACAGGACCCCAAGUCUGGUUCCUGGAAGGUCGUGCGCGACGACCGUGACUGGAACCUGGUGUUUUUGUGGAAGCGAACCGACGUGGUCCUGGGGUUUAGUGAAGUCACCAUCCAGUGGCAGAUCGAGGACGAGUUCUAUCGGGUUGAUGACCCCAAGCCCCUGCAGAAGGGCACCUAUCGCAUGCGAUAUUACGGCAACUCGAGGAGUACCGCCGGCAAGGUUUCGGCCUUUGAGGGCACCGGAGGUACCUUUACAGUGGCGUAG